AUGUCUGACUAUUCAGAUGUGGAAUCCGUAGGUUCCGCCUCCGAUGCCGCCUCCGACGCCGCCUUUUCAGAGGACGACUACGACGAACAACCCGUCGUGAAGACAUCCAAAAGUAAAAAAUCCUCCAAAAACUCCGUCACGCCGCCGCUGUCGAAUAGCACCCCAACCCCCAGAACAGGAAAUGCAUCCAACCAGUACCAAAAGCUUUCGCAGUUGGAACAUAUCUUGAAACGUCCCGAUACUUACAUUGGGUCUGUUGAGUUCAACGAGGUUGAGAUGUGGUGCUUCAACGAGUCGACCGAAAUGAUGGAGUUUCGCAAGGUGUCUGUUGUGCCUGGUUUGUACAAGAUUUUCGAUGAGAUCCUUGUCAAUGCUGCCGAUAAUAAAAUUAGAGACCCCGGGAUGAAGAACAUCAAGGUCGAUAUUAAUGUAGAAGAAAACACGAUCCUGGUCAUGAAUGAUGGAAGAGGUAUCCCCAUUGAAAUCCAUGACAAGGAGAACAUGUAUAUCCCUGAAAUGAUUUUUGGUAACUUGCUUACAUCGUCGAACUAUGACGAUGACGAAAAGAAGGUCGUUGGUGGUAGAAAUGGUUUCGGUGCCAAACUCUGUAACAUCUUUUCCACAAGGUUUGAGGUCGAGACCCAGGAUCAAUCCACUGGCCAACAAUACACCCAGACUUGGUCCGAUAAUAUGCUGAAGGUCUCGAAACCUCGCAUAGUGAAGGCAAAGAAUAAGCGUGAGUAUACCAAAAUCACAUUUGUGCCUGACUUGGAGAAAUUCCAGAUGACCGCUCUAGACGCAGACAUAUUGUCUGUGUUGCGCCGUAGAGUCUAUGAUCUUUGUGGAACGGUCAGGGAUUGCUCCAUUUAUCUUGACAACAAAAAGCUUCCUGUGAAGAACUUCAAGGGGUAUGUGGAUAUGUACGUGAAGGCUAUCAUGGAACGUAGUCCUGUCCUAGCUCGCGACGGCCAAUCAGGCAACUAUACCAGUGUUGUGCAUGAAGUCUGCAAUGAAAGGUGGGAAAUUGCUUUUGCCGUUAGUGAUGGUACAUUUAAUCAAGUUAGUUUCGUGAACUCCAUUGCAACCACAGCAGGUGGAACUCAUGUCAAGUAUGUGACAGAUCAGAUUGUGACCAAAUUCAUGGAAGAUCUCAAAAAGAAGGAGAAGGGCAAGAGUGUCAUGAUCAAACCUCAACAGAUCAAAAACAACAUGUUCAUCUUUAUUAACUGUUUGAUUGAGAACCCAGCCUUCACCUCUCAAACAAAGGAGCAGUUGACCACAAAAGUCAGUCAAUUCGCCACCAAAGCAAAAGAUAAAUUGGUUCUCACCGAUCAAUUUAUCAAAAAAUUGAUGAAGACAAGCAUUUUCGAUACCAUCCGUAGCAUUGUCGACUCGAACGAGGGCAAAGCUUUGCUGAAGGAGGAUGGUUCUCGAAAGUCAAGAAUCAAAGGCCAAGUCAAGCUUGAAGAUGCCAAUAAAGCAGGCACAAAGGAAGGAUACAAGUGUACUUUGAUUUUGACCGAAGGUGACAGUGCUUUAUCCCUUGCGAAAGCAGGGUUUGAGAUCGUGGGUCGUGACUACUAUGGUUGUUUUCCCCUUAGAGGUAAGCUUCUUAAUGUUCGUGAGGCUUCUACUGAGCAAGUGUUGAAAAACGCCGAAAUCACAGCAUUGAAGAAAAUUAUAGGGUUGCAACAUAGAAAGCACUACACUGCAGAGAAUAUCAAGGAACUUCGUUAUGGUCACAUUAUGAUCAUGACAGAUCAGGAUCACGAUGGUUCGCAUAUUAAGGGUUUGCUUAUCAAUUUCUUCGAGUCCAGUUUCCCGGGACUUCUUAACAUUCCCGGAUUUUUGCUAGAGUUUGUGACUCCAAUUGUUAAAGUCACCAUCAAAGGAAGAGGCACACAAGCUAAGAAAGUUAUUUCUUUCUACUCCAUGCCAGAGUUUGAAAAAUGGAGAGAGGAUGAAGGUUCUCGUUGCCGUUGGACUCAGAAGUAUUACAAGGGUUUGGGUACCUCCUCCGCUGCCGAGUCGAAGGAAUACUUCUCGAAUCUCGAAAAACAUAAAAAAGAGUUCCACGCCCUUCAAGAUCAAGACCCUGGAUUGAUCGACUUGGCUUUCCUGAAAAAGAGGGCCGAUGAACGUAAGGAGUGGCUUCAAGGCUUCCAGCCAGGCACACACAUCGAUCCAGACUUGAAGAUUAUCCCUAUUGAUACCUUCAUCAACGAGGAAUUGAUUCUUUUCUCUAUGGCAGAUAACAUUCGUUCGAUUCCCUCUGUGCUUGAUGGAUUCAAGCCAGGUCAACGUAAAGUGUUGUAUGGUUGCUUCAAAAGAAAUCUCAAACUGGAAAUCAAAGUUGCCCAAUUGGCUGGUUACAUUGGCGAACAUACUGGAUACCAUCAUGGUGAGGUGUCAUUGAUGCAAACCAUUAUUGGUUUGGCGCAAAACUUUGUGGGUGCCAAUAAUCUCAAUCUUUUGAAGCCAAACGGUGGUUUCGGUACUAGAGCCGCAGGUGGUAAAGAUUAUUCCGCAGCAAGAUAUAUUUUCACUGAGUUGAACGAUAUCACUCGUGCCGUCUUUAACUCAGCCGACAAUGCCUUGUACACGUAUAUUCAAGAUGAUGAGCAAACUGUCGAACCAGAAUGGUAUUUGCCAGUCGUGCCCAUGCUUUUGGUCAAUGGUGGUGAAGGUAUCGGUACUGGUUGGUCUACCAACAUUCCAUGCUUCAACCCAAUCGAUCUCGUGGCCAACAUUCGCAGAUUGAUGGCAGGUGAGGAACUUGAAGAGCUCGUACCAUGGUACAGAGGCUGGACUGGAGAUAUCGAGCGUGUUGACCUGAGUAAAUUCAAACUCAAGGGUACCAUCGAACAGAUUGACGAGAAGACUGUUGAGAUUACUGAGAUCCCAGUGAAAACAUGGACUAACAACAUGAAGGAGUUCCUCCUUGAUGCCCUCAACAGCGAUAAGUCUGCAUGGAUUCGUGACAUGGAAGAACAGCACACUUCGACUCUCCGUUUCGUCGUCAAAAUGACAGAGGAAGAAAUGAGGAAAACGAAAAAGAUUGGUAUGCUUGAGCGCUUCAAGUUGACUGCUUCAGUGAAUUUGUCUAACAUGGUGGCGUUCGAUCCUCAAGGUCGUAUCCGCAAAUAUGAGGAUCCAAACGAUAUUUUGAAAGAAUUCUACUAUGUUCGUCUUGAGUUUUAUCAAAAGAGAAAGGACCACAUGAGUAACGAGUUGCAAAAAGCCUUGGUGAAAUUGAGUGAACAGGCUAGAUUCAUUAAAAUGAUUAUUGAUAAGCAAUUGGUCAUUUCCAACCGCAAGAGGGCUGAGUUGGUGCAAACCUUGGCCGACCAUCUGUUUGUCCGCUACGACAAAUCCGGCCAGCCAAUCGAAACUACCGGUGUCAAAUUAGAAGAAGAGGUUGAGCAGGCCGAGGAAAACGAAGAGGACGGACUUUUUGUUGGAGCUGAAGGUGCUCCUGCUGGCGAUGCUGAACAUGUACCAGAAACCGUGUACUCUCACUAUGAUUACUUAUUGGGAAUGCCAAUCUGGUCUUUGACACGUGAGAAAUACGAGAGAUUGUUGCAAGAGAAAGGCGCCAAGGAAUCCGAGCUCAACAUAUUGUUGGGUAAGUCCGCGAAGGACUUGUGGAAUGAGGAUUUGGACUCUUUCCUUAUUGCUUGGGAAAAGCUUCUCAGGGAUGACGAAAGAGAACGCGCCAACACCAUUGGCGGUGUAAAUCUGAAGGCAAAGAAGAAGAGAUCCAGAGCCAAGACCGAAGAUGACGACGACUAUGGUAAACCUGCGAAGAAAGCCCCUAAAAAGAAGCAGCCUGCUGCUCCAAAAGUAGCCAAAAUUAAAGCAGAGAGUGUAGAAAAGGAUAUACAGCCAGAGGUCUCAGCAGCAGCCAGUCUGGACCUCCCUACUUUCUUCUCUAAGACUCCUGUCAAAGCUCCAGCUAAGAAGGCUGCUCCAAAAAAGUCUAAAUUCUUUGCUGACUCCGAUGAAGACGAAGACUUCGAUAUGGAGCCCGUGACAAAGGUUGCGCCCAAGAGUACCUCAUCGAAGCUGAAGCUGAGCACCGAUGAUGAGCUUGAAGAGCUAGGCAUCAAUGAGAUAAAAUCCGAUAGGAAGAGGGCCCGAGUCAACUACGCAGUGGUCGCUGGCUCUGAUUCAGAGGAGAGCGAAGAGAGCGAGCCUUAUUCUGACGGCGAGUAG